AUGUGGCGAACUGUACUGGUGCGUGGAAGCACAGGCGCGCUGGUGUGGCGCGCCGUCACCCCGUCGUUGCCCGGGCUCGUGCCGAGCACCCCGCACUUGACCACGCCUUUGCCGCUGUUGGGGCGAAGCUUUGCAACCGACGCCCUCGCACUCAAAGACGGGUUGAUUCGGUAUCGAAUGCACUAUCCCGACGGACAGGUACCGCCCAAGGUUGACCGGAACCUUGUGAGGUCCAAGUGGCACUCCGACGCCAUGGAGCUCAUCGAGCAGGUUCCGCCGCUUGUCGUCGAACGCGAGGUCAUCGCAUGCAACGGUGGACCCAACGUUGCCAUGGGUCAUCCCAUCGAAUACAUUCGUGUGGAUGCUGCGGAUCCAGCACCCAGCGUGUGCAAGUACUGCGGUUUGCGCUACAUCCAUCGGCACGCUGCCACCGCAGAGGCUGGAUCCGAGCAUCCCUAA